CCCACUUUGCCGGAUAUGCUAAUACCAAUAUGGAAUUUCUUGCCGACGAGUUGGUGGUCGAAAAAGAAAUUCAUCGUCGGCGGGAACUGGAAAAUGAACGGGUCCCAGAAAAUCGUCAGGAUGAUAUUCCAGAGAUUGAAGAACGCGGAGAUAAGGAGCGAUACGGAGGUGUUCGUCGCCGUUCCCACCAUAUAUUUAGAGUACAGUAAAAAACUGUGCCCGAGAAGAAUCCAAUUGGCCGCUCAAAACUGCUACAAAUUCAAACGGGGAUCGUUCACCGGCGAAACCUCACCCAUGAUGCUCAAAGAUAUGGGCGUGAAUUGGGUGAUAUUGGGCCAUUCGGAAAGGCGCACGUUAUUCGGAGAAACCAACGAACUAGUCGCUGAAAAAGUAGAGGCAGCCAAAAAGUGUAACUUGAAAAUAGUGGCUUGCAUCGGUGAGACUUUGGCUGAUAAACAGAACAGGAAAACGCACCAGGUCAUUUCUGACCAAGUGUGUGCUAUAGCUGAGAAAUUGAACGGAGAUUGGACGAACGUUGUUCUGGCAUACGAACCGGUCUGGGCCAAAAGUUCCGGACAUAAACUGUCGCCGAAGGAGGUGCAGGACAUGCACGCUUGGAUCAAGGAUUGGAUAGGCAAUAACGUUUGCCCGGAGAUAUCGAAUUGCGUUCGGAUCAUAUUCGGCGGAAGAGUGACCGGCAGGAAUUGCAGGAAAUUGUCGGAAGAACCGGACGUUGACGGGUUUUUGGUCAGCGGAGCCUGCUUGACCUCCGAAUUUUUGGAAAUCAUCAAUCUCAAAUCCUUAUUGAACUCGUGAAAGUUUGUGAUCAAUGACUUACCUCUAGAUAAGAUUAUAACUGAAAAGCAACAACUCAAAUAUACAAUAUUUGGAUUUUAUUUUUCCUUUUUUCAAACAAAUGACAUUACGCAUAUCCAGGGAAGUGGCAAUUAAUUUAUCUGGAAAUAAAACCUUGAAAAAUUUUCUUUUUUUUUAGCCUCAAGUAUUAUGCAUCAUCAAGCAACAAUUAUAAAAUUCCCAACUAACCUUUGUUCAAAUAAAAUUCCACCUACUCGACAAUUUUAUGUUUUUUUAAAUUUUUUUAUUGAUUAAUUAUUUUACUAAUGGUUGUCAACACUGUCAAUUUUCCAUUCUGUAUAUUUGCCGCGUUGCGAAAAUGUUCAAGGAAAAUCGAGUUAUUGAACACAAAACAAUUAGAGAGUAAAUAGUAGAUAUCUAUUAAAUAAACGGCAAUUUUGAGGUGUACGUACAUUGAAAAUUACUUAUCUGGUAAUAAUAAUUAAUGACAAUGAUUCGAAUUACCAUUUGUACUCUAUGUAAGUACAUUUGCAUUGAUCUAUUAAAAUAGCUAAAUACAAAAAAUAAACUAGUGUUUUUUUAUGUUGAUAAUAGCUCGGAACCACCUUCAUUUUUUUCCUCAAAUGUAUAAUUAAAAAUAUAUUUAUUAUAAAGCAUCAAGAGGGAAUGAUUCACUUUGACCGGGGUACUUACAGAUUAAAUAUGUUACUUACCAAAUGAGCUUGCCUAGUUUCGUC